GGGGUGAGCUCAAGGAUGAGACUCAGGCGAUGAAGACCACGGAAGAUCAACACGGAUUUAAGGUAGUGUUGGACGUUCACGACUUCAUGAACGAAGACGUCAAAGUAAAGGUGGUGGACAACAAGGAGGUGGUGGUGGAAGGUCGUGCGGAGAAGAAUGACGGAACCGUAAGGUCAAGCAAGAGCUUCUGUCGACGCUUCACUCUUCCUGGCGCAGUGGACAUGAAUUCUGUCACCUCAGCCAUGUCCUCCGACGGUGUCCUCACCAUCACUGCGCCCAAGGUUUAAAAAUUGGGUCAAUGAAAGCUUCAACGAAUCCUUUACAAUGAUAAGGGAAUCAGCUGUUACAGACGUUGUUGAUGGAGUUGUUUAUUGUUGAUUUUUAUAGACCUGAAUUGCGAUAUAUUUUUUCUGAAUAUAUUUUCAUAUGAAA